GAUGGAUUUUUCAGGAGGAAGUGGAAGAUGUAGUGGUUGUGGGGUUCGUGGACGAUCUUUUCGCUGCCGCAUGGUGUGACUGCAGUCACUAUUGACACAGUUUCAACAUGCAGAUCUUUGUUAAAACCCUAACGGGGAAAACCAUCACCCUCGAGGUAGAGGCUUCCGACACAAUCGAAAAUGUCAAAGCCAAAAUCCAGGACAAGGAGGGAAUUCCCCCAGACCAACAGAGGCUGAUCUUCGCUGGUAAGCAGCUCGAAGAUGGACGCACUCUCUCUGAUUACAACAUUCAGAAGGAAUCAACACUUCACUUGGUACUGAGAUUACGUGGUGGUGCCAAGAAACGCAAGAAGAAGAAUUAUUCAACACCAAAGAAGAUCAAGCACAAGAAGAAGAAGGUCAAGCUCGCUGUCCUCAAGUUCUACAAGGUAUGGUAUUUCCUCCCUCCAUGAUGACCACAUUUUCAC